AGCCUGACUCCCAAAUACCUUGCUACUCUAUCUUCCAUCCAAAGCCAAAAGAACACUUUUCAAUCACCAACAUGCAUUUCUCCACCACCACCGCGAUCCUGACAUUUGCUGCCUCGAUCACCUCUGUCUCAGCAGGAUCCAAUGCCAAAUACCGUCGUCAAGCCGCCGACCCCUGCAUGCUCGACUCCGUCACCAGCAACCCCUCCUCAGCCGAUGCCAAAGCCGCCAUCGAUCAAUGGAACACCGACGUCAACACCGUCAACGCCUUCCUAAACCAAGCCAGCGGUCUCGCCCUCGGCAUGGAGAUCCAAAACGCCACCAUGCAAACCCUCCUAUUCGCCCAAGACGAACCUUGCCAGCUCAAAACCCUCAUCAGCAACAGCGAUUUCGUCGGCGGCGGCACCGAUGCCUUCAACUGUGCCGCCAUGGAUUUGAUGAUGGUGUUUGACACCCAUGUUCUCGAUAACCUUAGGAGCAUCAUCAUGAUGCCUAUGGAUAGCGAUGUGAUCGAUCACGCCAUCAACGAUAUCAACAACUUCAGAUGCUGCAAUGUUUUGCCCGAUGCCAAUAUCCUUUGGUUGGAUUCUGCUACUGAUAAUGGUAUUUCCGAUCAAGUCAACUUUACACCUGGGUUGGAAGAUGCGUGUGCGCAUAUCGAUUGUUCUACUUUGUCUACUGCUGCUAACUGCACUUCGCUGAACAAUGGCAACAACCCCCUGAAGUUGCGUGUCUAGAUGGAGUUUCUAGAGGUUUGGCUUUGAUGAAAUAGGAUGUUGGUAUCGCAUCACAUGACAUCUUGGCUAUCUCUUCGUGGAUGAAUGUGUUGGCAGUCGAUGGGCCUUUUGCUCAGUCUUUGUCAUUCUUGGUCUGGUUUUCAUGAACGAAGUCGGUCGUUUUCUUUUUUAGCUGAGUGGCAGUAGUAGUCCCACAUAGUCAUUCGUUUACCUCGAG